GGCACCUGGAGACCUCAUCGCCCACGCGGCCUCAUCUCAGCCCAGUUCACCAGCCCGGGACCCAAGUACUCCAUCCCCGGGACAACAGGCUACCUGGCUCACAAUCCUACCAAAACCAAAGCCCCUGUGUGAGUAUUUCAAGGGGCCAAACCUCCCGUGGCAGACAACUGCUCCCCAGGUCCUCAGUACUACGUCCUGCCCUCCAUCAUCAGGAACGGGAG